AAACAUCUUGGCAGAAUUUGCAAGGGUAACCUCACCACGUGCGUUUUGUAUUUGGCUUUGUUUACAGGUAAGCAAGGGUCUUUUCCCAUGAUUGUUUUCUUUCACAACAGAAACUUCGUCGCCAUCGUCGCCAUCGACUCCAAAGAACACGUCCACUCGUUGAUAUCUAUCAUACCCACCUUGCAAUGAAGUCAUUUGCUAUUCUGUCCUUAUUUAUUUCCGCUUCUUUGGCACAAUCUUCUUCCAGUUCAAAUCCAUUUAUUCCGUCAGGAAUCAGUCAAGGUUGUUCAGACUAUUUAGUUAGCCUGAACAGCAAUAGCAGCUUUGCCGCCUGCACAACCCCAAUCACAUCUGCGACAUCGCAGUUCGCACCGGGAGUUAACUCGAGCAGCAUUACCACGAGCACCAUCAACUCUGCAUUAAACAACCUCUGUUCGACAUCUGCGUUUGCUGCAUGCUCUGACAGCACUGUUCGCGCUCAGUUGAUGGCCUACUACUCGGCAUGCUCAGCAGAACUUACGACGAAUGUCAAUACCGAUGUCCUCAGGACUUAUGAUGUCCUCUAUGUCCUGACGCCACUCAGAGAAGCCAUAUGUUCAAAGUCUGAUAACGGGCAAUACUGUGUCACACAGCUGAACACCACGUCUGGUAGCUCUGCUACUGGAAAUGUGGCUUUGGUGACCUCCAGCAAGCAAGAGGCGCUGCAGCAAUACCUAUAUACAACGCCUAACAGCGGUGUUUCCGCACGUCGGGACGUCAGCAACACCACUACUGCGCUCAUUCCCAACACCACCACAUAUCAGGAUACCAACCUCGUGUUCCUCUUCCUUGAUUCCAAAAUGAAUACGACUCAACUCUGCACCACUUGCACACGCAACAUUCUCACAUCAUACAUCACGUUCGAGUCCAGUCUCCCGUACGCCCCAGGUCUGAACAACAGCUUGCUGCUCCGCGGCCAGCCUGCUCUCUACAAUGCCACCGUGUCAACUUGCCCUAGUGGCUUCCUGAGCGGCGCUGUUCAGGCCGCCGGUGGCCUGUCUAGCGGCGUUCUCAAGAGCAGCGCUCCCCAGUCAAUCCGUGCGGAUGUGUCGUUGCUUGUCAGCGCUAUUUUGGGUGCUGCAGGUCUCGCAAUCACAGCCUUCUGAUAGGUUUUACGUUAUGCAGGUUUGGUGGGACUCUCGUAUUUGAUAGUUGUGGAAUUUAGAUGAUUGUUAAUGGUGACUGGAACGGAACUGUCUUCUAUUAUACCUCUUGCGAUCCCUCUUUAGACAAAUACCCUCCAGGCAUCAUCGAUCAUCUACGAAGUUGUUUUGUCUUCUUUUCUUUCACCUUUUGAUCCGUGUGGGCAUGGUAUGCUUGGAAUCAUUUCAGUCGUGUCGCCCGGUAACGAGUCGACUCAAUAAUACCAACGUACUCAUCUCAUUAAUUGAUACAAUCAGAUUGUUGGCUGCGCCGAUUAUUUUCAUGUAGAAUCCAGUUAUUGAGGCCCUCAUUUAACCCACGAGGGCUUCCAGUUGUCGAGCCUUGACUGUAACUUACAGCUGUUAUUUCUAAUGUGACCCCUUGUGUUGGAUUGUUCGAAAUAGACAGGCGUUAAUGCUGGCGCGAAAACCGCCAAGAGCUC